AACGCGACGGCGGCGAUCUGAUCGUUAAUUCCGUCAUGACGCGGUGAUGCAACUGUUGCGCAUUCCGAAAACACCGACUUUCACCUGUUCAGCGCCCACAAUUGAUGUGCAACUGUCUUCUAACCACAUUUGCACAUCUAUACGCCAAUCCGAGACGGUCGUGCUACUUUGUCGUGACAUAAGUGGUGUCCUGGCCGCAGGUGACUUGCUUUUGAGGCUGCGCGCGUCUCGGUCAGACUUGCGCCUCCCACGGACGACUUCUGGCCGCCGGGGCGACAUACAUACACUGCGCCUUCCACCCUAAUUCCCAGGCCAGCAAACUUCACGUCUUUCGCCAUGUCCACCUCUGCCGAUACCAAGAAAGCCGACCACCUUUGUGUCCUCGUCCAUGGUCUGUGGGGGAACCCUGAGCACCUGAAAUAUGUCAGUACCACACUGGGCGAGAGAUUUCCAGAAAACAAACUUCACAUCCUCGUGGCCAAGCGCAACGCUGGCAGCUUCACCUACGAUGGUGUCGAUACUGGCGGCGAGCGUGUAGCAGAAGAGGUCGAGGGCAAGAUAGAAGAACUAGCCAAAGCCGGACACGACAUAACUAAGAUCAGCGUCGCCGGCUACUCGCUAGGAGGCUUGAUCGCACGCUAUGCCAUCGGUCUGCUCUAUCACAGAGGCGUCUUCGAGAAGAUACAGCCAGUCAACUUCACGACCUUCGCGACACCACAUCUCGGCGUGCGAACGCCCCUCAAAGGCUACCACAGCCACAUAUGGAACGUCUUGGGAGCGCGAACGCUUUCCAUGAGCGGCAGACAACUGUUUGGCGUCGACAAGUUUAGAGACACAGGCCGAUCGCUCCUAUCUGUACUCGCAGACCCCGAGAGCAUCUUCAUCCGAGGCCUUGCGCAGUUCAAGCACCGAAGUCUAUACGCAAACGUCGUGAAUGACCGAACAGUCACAUACUAUACCGCCGGCAUCUCACAAACCGACCCCUUCGUCGACCCAGACGACAUCAAGAUAAACUACAUCCCAGACUAUGAGGAAGUUAUCGUCGAUGGCGAUCACCCAGUCUCGCCAAAGGAGCCUGAAGAACCCCCAGCUUUCUCACAACGACUGGCGCAAGGCACAAGGACAAUACUGGGACGGGCGACGAUCGUCGCAGUUCUGACGGUCUUCAUACCAUUUGGUGUGUCGGCCUUCCUCAUCAACUCGGCUGUUCAGACGAUUCGCAGCGGUCAACGCAUAAGACUACACGAAGAAGGCAGAUCUGGCAUCGACUACGCACGCUACCGCAUACCCAACAUGAUCACUGCCAUGCGACGAGAAGCCGAGGGCAUGUAUGAGAACGCGAACCAUGCCCAGAGCCAAGAUUAUCUGAGCGAGGGCUUCGAACAUGUGGCCUCUCCCACCCAGCCCAUCUCACCGCGCUCGCGCAAGGAUAAGCCCAAAUCGGACGCCGAUUCGAUACAGGAGCAAAAGGAUGCUGCGAAGGUCAUUUUCCCGACAUUGGCCCUUACCGAUGACCAAUUCAAGAUGAUCGAAGCGCUGGACAACGUGGGCUUCAUGAAGCACCCGGUCUACAUACAUAACCACCGACACUCCCACGCGGCCAUUAUCGUGCGUAUGAACAAGCCUUCAUUCAACGAGGGCAGGGUGGUCAUCAAGCACUGGCUUGACAACUUCGAACUCUGAUUCAUCUUUUGACAUUUUUUCUGUCUACAUUUUCAGCGUGGCGCAUGGCGUAUCUCUGGCAUAACAUAUCCCGGGAUAUAGAAUCUGCUUUCCCAUAGGGCGAG